AGUCUGCGGCACUCCAGUGUGACACAUGUGGCAUCUCUGCGGCACUUCAAAGCACAGCCACCCUCUGUAGACCGCUGCCGGCACAUUCAACGCUAUCUGUGCUAGUCGAUCCCCGAUAUUUUGACAUGGAUUAGUCGAAUUUCAAUGGAAUUGAAUAUUUAGACGUCCUGAAAGCCUGUAUUUGGAUCAUAGGUCUUUAUGAUGCCUGGGAGGAGAUUGCACGAGCUCGUAGUGUGACUACUGGAUCACGUGAGGAUACGUCGUGUUAUGCACCUGAUGACAUGACUAUGACACCGUCACAGUGUAGCACUGAGACCCCAACUCUGCAUCACGAUCUGCGUUGCCUAGAACAGACCAUGUCCUUUCUCGUGAACCCUAGUUUGUCGCGAGGAACAAAAUCUAUCCCGAUGCUAAGCGCUCAGGGCGGCCUUGACACGAAUCUUGCACGGGGAUCGGUAGACGGCGAUCCUCCCAAAAGAGGUGAAGGGCAGGCACUUCAGGAUGGUUAUCCGAAACGCAGUGAUGCAGCAACAGCAGACAACAGCACGCGGUGAACAAUGCGCCUCUUCGCAACACCUUGUCGCGGCACACCACAGCCCCCGCUUCCCCGACGAUCUGUCGGGAGCCGGCCACAGCCGUCACGACUGGGAACGGCAGCGUGCCUUGCGGUCGCUUAAAUACUCAGAGUCCGACUUCCGUGCCCGCAGCAACUGCGCAGACCCUCGCUCUCGAAUCCUGACCCUGACUCCUCCCCUCCCCCCACCCAUCUAAGCUACGAACUCCGACUCGGUACACCCCCGACCGGCGACGAUGCAGGACGACGGCAACCCGAGCGUCCCAGCUUAUCGACGCUCUACAUCCAGCUCAAACACGAGCGACGGUAGUCAGGGAGGACAUGUCUUUAGCCCCGUGCGUGCCCCUCGUUGGACUCUUACACCUAUGUCGGCGUACUCACCACCGCUACCCCCACCCCCUCCUCCUCCUCCUCCUUCCCCACCGCGAUCCGUCGCCGUGUCCCACCCCGCGCAGCAGGCCAUGCCAGGAGACGUCUCGACAUCCGUGCACAACCUCCUCCUCGCGACGAAACAGCUGCAGGCGGUGCUGGAGCAGUGGUCCGUGGGGCGCGCGUCGGAGACGGACGUCAGCGACGUGUACGUGCAGAUCGGGACGGACUUCAACACCGCCGUGCAGGCCUUUGCGUACCACCGCAUCGAUCUCAGGUGCGCUUGCCCCCGUGCGCCCCGCACGCCGAGCCAAGUUGAGCUGACCCGCGCUUUGUUUGGGUUGGGGUUUGCGUUCGCAGCGACAUCCACUGCGUGCCGACGGAGCUGCGCACGACGCUCGAGUCGUGUCUCGCGGAGGACCCGUCGCCCGAGGUCCUCGCCGCGUCCCUGCCCGAUCUGCGCACGACGCUCGUCAAGCUCCUGCGCGGGCUGCUCUGCCGCCAGCAGGAGUGGCGCCGCCGCACGCAGCAGUAUCCGUUCCUCUACCGCUGAGUGCAGCCCGUCGCACCGGUCAGGCUAGCGGGCAGCCGACUCGGGUGGCAUGGUCGGCGCCGGCGAGAGUGCUCCGCGUCGCGGAACGUCGCUGCGCGUGGGUGCGUGCACUCAGGGCCGCAACUUCGCGCGGCUCGUCAACUCAACUCAACUCCUCCCCGAGAAGUUUCUAAUGGCAUGGACGAAGCAUCUGUAAAUUAAAACUACAAUAUGUACCUCCCGAUUUCCUCGCCGAAUUCACACAUCACAUGUAUUUCUAUGCAAUCUCGCCGACGGCCGUAGCGUGAAUGUAGCUCGUGUUACGUAUGGCGCCGCAGUCUGUGUCUACAGUCUGUACUCGGAAGCGAUUGAUAACAGCGGUCAGAAUAAACGGUCACGUGACUGACGCGUCCACCGCCCAUCCGCACGCAAACCUUGGAAAAAGCACUUGUUGUUGGAGGUCUGGGUGAUCUUUUAUCCCCUCUAAAUUGCUGUAUCCGAUAUUUGUGAGCACCGAGAGUUCAUGAUGUACUAGGCGAAACCGCUAUGAUCGACCGACUGCUCACGAAUCUGCGAGUACCCCAGGAAUCCAGAUCACCCUCCGCCCAAAUUUUAUCACCGAGUGCACAGGGGCUGCUCCAAAUUAUUUCAUGCGGGGGAUCUUCUCCACCGAUCGAUCAAUGUUGCGACUGAUGUGUAUCUCGGGAAAUACGCGCACCACCGUGGAAUUUGC